CUUGUCGGCGGGGCCGGACGGAGCUGGGAAUGUCCAGGGCGGAGCCUCCGAGAUACAAUCUGUCUCCCGUUCGCGGUGUGUGCGCUCGGUUCUUGAGGCUCGCGGCUUGCGGAGAUGGCGGAGCCGGCGAACGCUACCGUGAAAUACUACACGCUUGAGGAGAUCCAGAAGCACAACCACAGCAAGAGCACCUGGAUCAUCCUGCACUACCAGGUGUACGACGUGACCAAGUUCCUGGAGGAGCAUCCCGGUGGGGAGGAAGUCUUAAGGGAACAAGCUGGAGGUGAUGCUACAGAAAACUUUGAGGAUAUUGGUCACUCUACGGAUGCUCGAGAACUGUCCAAAACAUUUAUCAUUGGGGAGCUUCAUCCAGAUGACAGAUCAAAGCUAGUCAAACCUUCGGACACUCUUAUUACAACUGUUGAGUCCCAUUCCAGCUGGUGGGCCAACUGGGUGAUCCCGGCCAUCUCCGCACUGGUUGUCGCCCUGAUGUAUCGCCUCUACGUGGAAGACUGAGUGCUUUCUCAGACGCCAGCCAGGGAAGAGACUGUGUAGAUGAGGGCGGAGAGAAGCCAGUGCAGCUGUCUCCUUCAACUGACGGAAAGAAACCUUCACCUGAAAAGAUCAUCUUAAUAUGUCUGCUUACAAACAAAAA